AUGUACAACGAGUUGGGUCGGUGUCUAAUGGUACUGGUGGAAGAUUGUGGUUUUAAGAACGAUGAGCUCGAAGAGAGUUCCUUGGUCGACCUUCAAGAACUCGACAUCCCAGCUGGCGAUGUCGUCAGUUCUCUUCUCACGAUUGUCUGCAUCGUCAGUUGGAGUAGCAUCCUGGUAGUGGUAGGUGCACCAGGCGAUGACCUUCUUCAAGAUCGGAGCAGUCACAUUCUGGACUGGAAUUGGAUCAGUGUUGACGGCAUCCUCCUCGUCAAGUCCGAGAUCCUGGAGAAGAGUGUUGAUAGUGGUCGAGAGACGGAUCACGUUACGUGGAACCUGGAAUGA